AUGGAUAAAUCAGAAGUUAUCGUCCUCGCAGGAGGGACUGGCGACUUGGGCCGGUACCUUCACGAAGAGCUCAUCAAGGACGGCAGUUAUACCGUCGCCCUAUUAACCCGCAAGACAGAUUACAGUCCUUCCCUCCCAAGAACUACCGUGCACCAAACAGAAUACACCGAAUCCUCCGUCCUUUCCAUCCUCGACGAAACCUCUGCAACGGCCCUGAUCUCUCUAAUCCGCUGCGACGGCAACGAGUACCUCCCAAUCCAUACAGCACUAGUCAAAGCGUGCCUACAAUCCGAGACCUGCAAACGCUUCAUCCCCUCCGAAUGGGCCGGUAAUAUCGAAACAUUCCCCCAUCUCCUCCGUUCCUACGCUCAUACCCGCGCACCCUUGCGGGAUAUCCUCAAAGCAACCGCUCCAUCGGAUUUGAAAUGGACUCUUGUCAACUUCGGCUGGUUCAUGGAGUACUUCCUACCAGAGGAGAAGUCGUAUAUGAAGCGGAUCCCAGGGGAGUUUCCUGUUGAUCCGAUGGCAUGGACGUAUACUGUGCGCGGGACGGGCGAUGAACCUCAGGGGUGGACUUACCGUCCAUUCAAACGAAGUUAUCGCUCUCUCGAAGACAUCGCCGCCUCGAUGGCAGAAUACGACACAAACCCCGGCCCUCAAUCCGAUAUCGCUGAACUGGAGGAGUGGACUGUCACCGGCGCGACGGCGUGUCCUAAAGAUACCACACUUCGUCAGCGCGAGAAGUAUUUCUCUGGGAUUCGGUUUUUGACUAUUGCGGAGAUGUUGAGGAAGGCCGAAGUGGAUGGUCAUCUUUAG